AUGCCUCCAAUUAAAUCUACCAAGCGAACUCUUCCAAUACAAAAUUUUGAUCAAUUUGGAUUCAAGAUUAAAACCGUUGCGUUAAGAAACAAGAAAAAUGCUGCAAGACUUUUCUUUUUAAAAUUAACGGAUCCUGAUAGUAGCAAUGUUGGUACUGUAAUACCUGAAAAUAUUACUAUCGAAGAUUUUUCUGAUCAAAUCGAAGAAU